AUGACGGUUAUUAUAUUUUCCACAAAUGAAAUUAAAAUUGAUGAAGUGUCCAACUCAUCUCUUUUGUUUCAGGUAUAUGAGAUUUUCUGCAUCCUUGUCUUAGUAGGAUCAUUUGGUAUCAGAAUUGGAGAGAGCAAAAAUGUACAAGUUCUAAAGCCCAAUAGCAAAUUAGAGUACUCUGCAUUAAAUUGUCGAAAGCACAGUGGGUUUUUGACAGAUUAUGGAGGAGUUGGCGAUGGAAAGACAUUGAACACAAAGGCAUUUCAAUCUGCCAUUGCCAAUCUAAGCCAAUAUGCUUCAGAUGGUGGAGCUGAGCUUAUUGUAACUUCAGGGAGAUGGCUAACUGGAAGCUUCAAUCUCACUAGCCAUUUCACACUUUUUAUCCACAGAAGUGCUGUUAUUCUUGCUUCUCAGAAUGAGUCAGACUGGCCUCUUCUAGCUCCAUUGCCUUCUUAUGGGGUAGACCAAAAUCUUACUGAAGGAAGAUUCUCCAGCCUCCUUUUUGGAAUGAACCUCACUGAUGUUGUAAUUACUGGUAACAAUGGCACAAUUGAUGGGCAGGGUGCUCCCUGGUGGGACAAGUUCAAGAAGGGUCAAUUUAAGGCAACACGACCAUUUCUGAUUGAGCUCAUGUACACUGAUCAACUCCAAAUAUCAAAUAUUACCUUAGCUAAUUCUCCAUUUUGGCACGUUCAUCCUGUGUAUAGCAGUAAUGUGGUGAUCCAAAUGGUGACGAUUCUUGCACCAGUUGAAGUUCCCAAUACAGAUGGGAUAAACCCUGAUUCAUGCACAAAUGUUCUGAUUGAAGACGUUUACAUUGUCUCGGGAGAUGACUGCAUUGCAAUCAAGAGUGGGUGGGAUCAGUAUGGAAUUAAAGUUGGCUUGCCCACAGAACACCUCGUUAUAAGAAGACUAACCUGCAAGUCCCCAGACAGCGCAGCCAUAGCUCUUGGAAGUGAGAUGUCUGGUGGAAUUCAAGAUGUUAGAGCAGAGGACAUCACAGCCUUUGAUACUCAAUCCGCUGUUAGAAUCAAAACUGCGCCCGGAAGAGGAGGCUAUAUUAAAGACAUAUUCGUAAAAGGGAUGACUUUGAAGAACAUGCAAUAUGUUUUCUGGGUUUCAGGUGCUUACAAAACACACCCAGAUGAUGGCUAUGAUCCUAAAGCACUAGCUGAGUUUAAGAAUAUAAACUACAGAGACGUAUUUGCUGAGAAUGUGACCAUCGCAGGAUCACUCGAGGGAUAUGCUAAUCAUCCAUUUACUGGGUUCUGCAUGUCUAAUGUGUCAAUGACAUUGAAUGAAGAAGCAAAAGAGUCAUCUCCAUGGACGUGUACUGACAUAAAGGGAGUUUCAAAGAAUGUGAUCCCUAAGCCGUGCGAUCUAUUGACUGGGAAAGAAACCGAUUGCUCUUUCCCAGAGGAUAAGCUGUCAAUUGAAACCAUUGAAAUGAAAAGUUGUAUUUCUAAGAAGAAGUUCUUUUAACUCUGCUCUGUUUCGUAGAGAUGUGGUCAAUCAUGUUGUAGUCCUCUUAAAGGCAAUCCAUGAAAGAACAGACAUAUUGCGCCACUUAGUUUCUGCUGUUAUUAAUUUGAACUGUUAUGAAAAAUGGAACACCGAACUGAACAGCAAAACUGUAAAUUUAAAUGUUCA